AUGUUAUUUCCAGUUAUACUGGAUUUGUCUUAUGAUCAAGAUUUGCCACAUGUCAAUUUUCUACGUGUUGAUGUUGAUAAUGAGGCAAAUGUAUCAUUAGCGCAACGUUUUCGUAUUACGAAUGUUCCAAUGGUUUGUUGGUAUUUUCAAGGAAAGAAACUUGAUGAGUUAGUUGGUGCUGACAUAGGAAUGCUGACUAAAAAAACUCAUCAACUCGCUCAGAAUUAA